AUGGGAAUAACCCUAAAUAUUGAAAAAUGCCGAUUUCGAACACAAGAAUUGAUACACUUAGAACACAAAUUAUCAAUAAACGGAGUAAAACCAGAUGAAUCAAAAAUUAAAGCCAUCAUUGAAAUGCCAAAACCUGAACAUAAAAAAAAGGGGGCGAAGCACAAGAUCAAUCUUUCAGAAAAAUUGCUUUGUUUGAUCCAAAAAAAAAAACUGCUAUGUUUGGAACAAUGUCUUGAUAUCCAAAAACCUAUACCGUUACAAAUAGACGCAUGCAAAACUGGUGUUGGAGCAGUACUACUUCAAAAUGAAAAACCAAUUGCAUUUGCAUCAAGGUCAAUGACACCAGCUCAGUUAAACUAUGCAAUCAUUGAAAAAGAACAUCUCGCAGCACUUUUUGGGUGUGAGCGAUUUCACCAAUUUAUAUAUGGGGGAAAAGUAACUGUUAUGAAGAAGUCGUUAACAAACACUCUUCCGCCUCUUCAGAAAAUAAAUGAUCCUGACAGUACGUUAUCUAGAGCUCACACCAAUGAAACUGAAGAAGAAAUCCCGGAGGAUGAAAUGAUUGCUCAAGUGCAUAUGGUUUAUGCAAACUGCUCAUCAUCAGAAGAAAACCUCAAAGAAGUAAAAACAAACACGCUCAAAAAUAUUACGUUAAAUGUAGUAGCAAAUUACAUAACAAAUGGAUGGCCGCAAGGUAAAAGAAAGGUUGAAGACUCAGUAAAACCCUAUUGGUCGUUUAAGGAGGAAGUGACACUCAUAAAAACAAUAAUUUUUAAAGGACAAAAUAUUUUAAUUCCAACAUCAAUGCGAAAAGCAACAAUUCAAAAACUAUAUCUAGCACACAUGGGGAUUGAAAAAACUAAAAUGAGAGCAAGAGAAACUGAGAAACAGAAGACAUCUCUAAAAACAAAAGAAGAAGUAGAUUGGGAUGUCAAUUUAUCCGAUAAUGAAAGCGAUAUGAAUGAAUAA